GUUUGGAUGGUUAACAUCGGCCUAUUUGCUGCAGAGAAAAACAAAACAAAACAGUGUAAAGAAAAAACAAUCUUAUCUUACGCAUAUUUAACGCAGUUGUCUUCUAAAACGUGUCAUAAAAAAUAAAUUCAAUACAUUACAAUGGCUCAACAGUUUGUGAUAAUGACAUUGUUGGCUCUCACGGUCUUAGGGUCGUUUUGUGCAGCCGGUGGAUCGCAUCAUAAGCAUAUAAUCAUUCACGUUCCAUAUCACAUAAAACACCAUCAUCAUACGCACACAAUUUACAAACACAUCAAACACAUUGACCACGGACACGAUCAUCACCAUCACCAUCAUCACGAUGACCAUGAUGACGGAUGGAGCGGUGGUUACUCUGGUGGUCUCGAUUUGGCUGGAGGGUGGACAGGAGGAGAUUUUGGCAGCAUUGGUGAUUUUGGUGGUGUUUAUAAUGGUGCUCUUGACAGUGGCAGCUAUGAAAACAAUGACUUUGGAAGUCUGGGAUGGGAUGACAAAUAGGGCAUGACAUAACAUCUGUACAUAAUGGUGAAGAUUCGAUUUAUAUUCAGCGAAAAUGAAAAACUACUAGAUUACAUUUUGGAUUGUCUCAGAAAUCAAUUGAUAUAAUUUUAAUUUAGUUCAUACUAGACGAUUCGGUCUUCCAUUACCAUGCAGUUUUGCAAUAUAUUCAGCAUUUCCUGAUUACCAUUGAAUAUCUUUCCAAUAUCAUAAAUCAUGAACAGGACAUAAUAUCUACAACGAUUUCCAAAUUGAUGCGCUUCACCAAAAUUUACCAAUUAUUUUAUUUUUCGCAUUGGAAAAGUUGUAUACUGUUGAAUGUUUUGUGUGAUUUAUGUCCAUUGUAAUGUUUUGUUUCAAAGUGUAAAAAUAAACUGAUAUAAGUUGCUUUAGUUUAGAUGAAAAAUGUUCUCAAGCGUACGCAUUCGUACUUAUACCUAGUCAUCAAAUUUGCUAGCAUAUUUUACAAACAUCACAAAAUAUGGAUAUUCUUUGUUUAUUGAAG